CAAAUGUGUAUUCUAAUAGGCCAAGAGCUCAGAAGAAAAGCAACAUCCGUCCUGUCAGACCUCGGAGCCAGUCAUGUGACAUGUCUGGACGCCCGUUCUUUUCCUGCAGCUAGAGCCUCUCAUGGCUGGGACUGGUAGCAACUUCAUGUCUUUCCACAUCCUAGCCUGCGGGUCGAACGGUCUGUACCAACUAGGCCUUGGAAAUGAUAAGGACCACGACUCUUUGCAGCACGUGCCUGGCCUCGAGCAAAUGGGUCACGUGCAGCCGAGGCUCAUGGCGUUCGGAGGCAACCAUACGUUUGUUCUAUAUCCGGAAGGCCAGCUAUUCGCGGCGGGCAGCAAUGAAUUUGGCCAAUGUGGCGUGAAUUCGCCGCUGGUAUUGAAAGUGUUCACGAGGGUACCGGGACAGUGGAAACGCGUGGCGGCCGGGUGGGAGUUUUCGGUAUUAUGGUCGCAUGACAAUCAGCUCUACAGCUGUGGAUCCGGUCCCAAGGGCGAGCUUGGGCUCGGCGAGGGCUGUGUUUUGGCACGCAGCCUCCAGAAAGUCCCGCUUCCCGAAAACAGCAAGGUGCACGACUUCAAGUGCUCGAUAGGCCACACUGUGGUGGAGCUUAAAGACGGCUCGUAUGUCGGCUGGGGUGCGGCAAGAAAAGGCCAGCUUGGCCCACAGCCACCCGUAGUGGCCGCCUCCGGCAAAAGCAAGCCGCGGCCUGCUGUAUGGCUUCCAGAGCACUUACAGCUCGAGCAUUCAGACAGCUUUUGUAUGGGUAGAGACCGCACAAUUACAGUGGGCCCCGGCAUCAAAGUCCAUGGAGCAGAAGCGCAGGAAAUCGGCGUUCAGACACACACAGUCAAAGCUAUGUGGUCGUCUCUCCAUUAUUUGGAGGACGGCAGGGGAGCAGAAAACAGAGACGUCGGUUCAGAAAGUGGAGGCGUUCGGAAACAAGACAGUGGUCGAGAUGGAGACACUGGACUUCUGGAAGGAAACAGCGGCAUUCCGGGAGUCUCUAUCCGUUCCGUGGGCAACGACCUGCAUGGCCAGUGCUUUAGGUACGAAGCGCCAUGUCCCAUAGUGGCAUUUGAGGUGGGCAGUGAGCAUGGCUUGGUCCUUCUAUCUGAUAACUCUGUGCAUGCGUGGGGAUGGGGCGAGCACGGCAAUUGCGGGGCUAUGAAAGACGACGAUGUGGUUUUCAACUACCUCAACCAAAUCUAUGAUGGCAAGGACCAGGUGGUGAUGAUGGCAGGAGGCCUAGCCACGACAUGGUUAGUGGUGAGAAGGGCAUAAGACGCGUCAGGCGCAUUCGAAUUGGCUUUUCUGGGGCUGAGACAUUUGUGAGCCCCAGGGAACUAUCGGAGAGAUCUUUUGGGUGGGGACAAUUCAUGCCAAGUCUUUGGUAAUAAUACUAGAUACUCACGUCAGGACAACCCCAGGCCAAACGACCGAAGAGAUGACUCUUGAUGAGAGACUGCUAUUGUGUUUAAUUAGAGUGUUCAACACGGCAAUAACUCGAGGAACACCAGGUUGAGAGAGAGUCUACGAGAAGGAAUGUAACGAUGCUUCUUCACCAUAUUCAUCUAUGCAAAAUUUGCUCAAAGAUGGAGAAUAUGUCCAGCGUAGUCAAUUUAGGACGGUAGUAUCAAGAACUGUCAAUGGCCGAAGCUGCAACAGCCCUUUUCUUAAGUAAUCAUCCAGCUACAAAUUCGAACGGUGCCGCAUAUU